AUGGGGAGAGCACGGGAGGUCCCAGCACCGGGGGGAUGCCCCACGGAGCCCUCCCCGGGCCAGGCUCGGCUCCUCCACGGGGGUCGCCCCCAUGGCACCGAUCGCCUGCGGGGCACCGGGGAUGGCGGCAGCGGCGGUGAUGGUGGGAAAGCAAAGCUCGGUGUCCUGGCAGCACGGAGUUAGAACCGGGGGGGCUGCGGCCAUCACGGCCCGAGGGCGAGGAGUUCAGGAGGGGCAAUAAACGAGCCCCGGGACCGGGCUGGGCCCGCAGCGGAGGAGGCGGCGGGGCCCGGGCAGGGCGCCGCUGUCUCCAUGGAGACGGCGCCAGCGGCCGCCAUUACGUGACGCGUGGAGCCUGCGGCCUAGGCCCUGCCCCGCCCGCUCCGGUUCCUCACGCGGCCGCCACCGCCACCACCACCACCGUCCCCCCGGUACCGUCCCCGUCCCCUCUCCGCCAUGUCGGCCGCCUUCAAGAAGGCCGCCAAGUCCCGGCAGCGGCAGCACCGCGAGCGGGCCCAGCCCGCCUCUCGGAAGAAGCUGGGGUUGCUGGAGAAGAAGAAGGACUACAAGCUGCGAGCGGAGGAUUAUCACAAGAAGCAAAAUGCCCUCAGAGCGCUUCAGAAGAAAGCUCUGGACAAGAAUCCCGAUGAGUUUUAUUUUAAGAUGAUAAACACACGGCUCAAGGAUGGAGUUCAUGUAAUUAAGCAGCCAAAGGAUGAAGUGACUCCUGAACAGGCAAAAUUGAUGAAGACACAGGAUAUUAAGUAUGUGGAAAUGAAAAGAGUGGCAGAAGCCAAGAAAAUCGAAAGGCUGAAGUCCGAGCUCCAUCUGCUGGAUGCUGAGGGGAAGCAGCCCAACAAGCACGUGUUCUUUUUUGAUACUAAAAAAGAAGUUGAAGAGUUUGAUAUUGCAACUCAUCUGAACACUGUUCCUGAGCUAGUAGAUAGAGUCUACAACCGACCAACCAUUGCAACAUUGCAGAAAGAGACACUGAAAGGAGCUACUGAUCCUGUCCAUUUAAAGAAAUUAGACCAGCAAAGGAAGAACCAGUAUGACCUCCUGAAGCAGCGCAUUGAGCGAGAAAAGAGCAUGUUCGUUAUUGCACAGAAAAUCCAGACGCGUAAAGAUCUUUUGGACAAAACUCAUAAAGUAAAGGUGAAGAAAGAGACAACGAAUAGUCCAGCUAUUUACAAAUUCAAAUAUCAACGGAAACGUUAACCAUUUCAUUGAAAAGUUACAGUCUCUGGUUAGAAAGAGGACUCUCCGUAAGAAGAUGUACUGAUAUACUGCCAGUAUCAGUUCGGUUUUCAUUGCAGCCUAGUGCUUUGUUAAAAUAAAUUACUGUGGGCCUGCAGUAGCCAUAAAUAUAUUUUAUCUAAUUAAUUGAUUAAUAAAUCAAGGAGUUUGUUCUCGUGGUAUUUACAA